AUGUGGCGAUUUGCAGUACUCCUCCUCGUCGGCUUCGCCGCCGCUCAACAGUACGGCCCCAGGUCCGGGGAUCAACUGGUAUCUUCUGUCUUCUCCAACUGCGUGGAGAUGGGAUGCGUCAAGCAGAACGUCCUCGAGUACUUGGAUAACAUCCUGAACUUGCAAUCCGACGCUCGCAGCAUCAAGGAUGUGGAUCAGGCCAUCUUCAAGAGGGCAGCGCGCGUCCUCAAGACGCACGAAUUCAGAGUACAGCUUCCUCAAACCUUCUUCGACGGUUCCGAAUUGGUGUACAACCCCAACUCUGGUCUGGACAUCACCACCGGCCCCAACGAAGAACGUGGUCUUGGAUUGAAGAAGAAACUGUUGUUGCCCAUCCUUCUCCUCUUCAAGCUCAAGAUGAAGGCCCUCAUGCCAAUCUUCGUCGGAUUGAUCGGUCUUAAAGCCAUGAAGGCUCUCGUCCUCAGCAAGUUGGCGAUCGCCAUCGUUCUCGGAUUCGUCGCUUACCAAUUGUUCGGCAAGUCAGGUAUGCCAAUGCCAAUUCCGAUGUCCAUGACUCCAGUCGAACCACCGAUGAGCAUGUACGGACCACCAUCGACCUCAGCUCCGAUGAGCUCCUACGAACCAGGAUGGGAACCAGCGUCAGGUGGACCAUACUCUCGCGUCUGGAACGGUGGUUCUUCCUCAUCCUCUUCCGGAGAGAGCUCUCAAAGCUUGGCCUACUCCUCGUACUAUCCAGGAACAUCGGCGUCUUCGUCCACUGUUCACCCUUGAACCGCAUCUUAAUUGUUUAAGCUACCAAACCAAAAGCGACCUUCGACUUCGA